AUGGCUCCCACAGAGAAAGAUUCCUACGAUUUGGCCCGGAACUAUGGACUUGACAUAUCCAUGCCAGAUGUCAACCUUGCUGUGUCAACAGCAGCUCAGAAAAUAUACGCCAAAAAGUGCAACAACCUCUACAAGGAGUUUCAGAAGAAACUAUCCUUCCUCAUCAAGGAGGAACAGGUGGUCCGCCGCGAUCUAAUGAAGCUGAAGAAAGAGAAGGCGGUGAACAGUCGUUAUUCCCUUUAUAGGACGGAAGGAGCUGAUCUCUUCUCCAAAGCUUGUCAGAAGCGGAAGACGUACAGGGAGAAUAAUCUGGCCACGAUAUCACCUCUUCUUGAAGACUGUUUCGAUUUCACGCCGUGUGGGAUUGACUCGGUGAUAGCAGAAGAGGAUGAAACAGAGGAACGUCCUAAAACUGCCCCCGGUGAUAAUUCUCAAUUACCUGUGGAUAAAAUUGUAGGUGCUGAUGUGGAUUCCGUGUUCGAGGACAACAGGCCUAAAACUGCCGGGAUUUCACUAAAGGAAGGUAAAAAGACAUCUAAGGCUGAUGUUAAAUCCAACAUCAUUAAACCUCGUGAAAGGAAAAAUUCUGAACCCGAUCACAAAGACAGUAAAGGAAACGAAAGAAAGAGUCUAGAAGAAAUAAAACUGCCUGAGCAGAAAAUCGCACAAAUUGAUCGACUAUUGAAAUCUGCUAGUCAAGUUAGAUCCAAUCCCAUAGACAAUGAAAUGACGUCACUUCCUGAAUUGAAAUCGGAAGAGGAGAGUGACAAGGAAGAUGGAGAAGUUGAUGUACAGACUGAACGAACAAGGGCAAGAAAAAUUACGAUUAAAGCAGAGAAAUUUCUUGAACUUGAAAGAGGCAAAACCACAGUGACUUUAAAAGACAAAGAGGGUGAAUUCAUUUUGAAACCCUUAAACAUUAACUAUGAGCCAGACGAAGUGGAAGCCGUUUUCUUUGCAAAGGAUCCAACACGAGAGAAAAUGGCUUUGGUACGACAAAAAACGAGCUGGAAUUCGCAAACAGUAGCUUCAGAUCUCAAAGUCAACAACAGAAUGGCUAUUCAGAAAUCUUUAAUGGGAUUGAGUUCAAAGAAGACAACAGUGGCUGAAAUUUUUAACAAUGCACGGGACAGAAGAACCCGCCAUUUUAGAAUUAUGCUUAAAAAUCCUUUGUUAAACGCUGAAAAUGAAGAAGCUGAGAAAGACAGAAAGAAAUCGAUCAUUGUAGUACCUCCUGGUAUGACCAGAUGGAAGUCUCUUGCUGUUGCUACCAAAGUAGCUUCGUCAUUCAAACCAAAAGAAGAGAAACGACCCGCUACUACAGCUGUACAUCUCUACAAACACCAGAAAAAGAUGGUCUCCAAGCAGGACGCUAAACCGUCCACCAAAGCUACCAGGACAACGAUGACAAGGCCCCAUGUAAAGUCGGAAUCCGAGUCGCUGUCAAAGCCAGAAAGUGCCCCUAUCAAACAGCAUCUCAGAGUAACCAUCACUUCACCUAGUGGUGCAGACAAGAAUGUGCCACUGCAAACAAAAAUCAAUAAAAAGGGUAGCGAUGAUCAUUCUGAACUUUUCCAUCGAGUAAAACAUUUUCCAAAAGGUCAAGACAGUAAACCUUUAAAUCGAUCUUCAACAUCAAUGUCAAAUCGAGAGGACAUCCCACUUCAUCUCUCUGACAGAGAUAUGACGGAUAUGAUACGAAAGAUGGUGGAGGCAGAUAAUGAUAGCCGAAGCGAAGCCCCGGAUGUUAAGAAAAGGAAAGGAGGAAAUCGAUUGCAGAAAACUCCGACAGCAGACAAUUUAUCUGAAACGGAUUCUAUAUACUUUGGCAACGUACGGCGUCUUCUGUCUAGCAAUCAGGCUCGACAAAUCAUUAAAGACCUGAAGAGGCGGGAUCAAGAAUAUGAUGACGCGAUGCUAAACAUGAGACGCAGGGUCGCUAUUGGAGCACAAGGUCACAACUUCAUGAGACGCCCCAACAGCGUGGCAGGUUUUAGAUAG